AGCAAAGGGAAUCUACCCGAUGGUGGCUGCGAUGAGCAGGAGAUGAGAAGAAAGCAUAGAUCAGAGGUGGAGAGAAGGAGAAAAGAACAGAAGAGGUGAUAGUUUCACUGGGAAGGGGAUUGAAUUUCAACACCAAUCCGUGCCAGAUUUGUGGGAAAAUAAAGCGAUUGCCUUGCAGUGGGUCGUGAUUACCAGCACAUUGAGGUGUCAGUGAAGAGCUUUCAUGGAAGAUGCAAUCACGCAGAAGCCAGAAUUAGAAUGCGUGACAAGAGAUUGUCGCAGCUUUAUCGGACCACAGACAUUUUUCGUAUCGCGAAUGAAAUUGUAAAAGAUGAAGAGGAUGACUUCCCAGCACCCAGAUUUAGUCAGAACUCACAAGCACAGAAUAGAAUUGAACGAGUGAAUUCAAAAGAAGUACUGCACACCUUGGACUUGAUCAACACUGAAGAGAGGCUUCCGCGUACCGUCGUAACAGAUCUGAUCACACCACACAGAAGUUACAUCUUCCCUAGCCAUGUACCCUUGCACCACCACCCUGUGGCAAAGAAAAGUGAAGCAAAGCCAUCAGAUACUUUCACAGCGAUCAACGAUGAGAUUUCGCGCAAGAUUUUACGGGCUGAAAGGUUGUCAAGAAGCACCAAGUUUCCUGAAAGCCGCAAGAACUAUUUGUUUGCACCCAAGACGCAUAAAAUCUCUUUGAAUGUGCAGAUUAAACCCGAAGCAGAUAUCAAAGAGGAUGAGCUCGCAGAUAAGUUCCGGAACAAGGGUAAAGUUUUUU